AAUCUAAUCCGGUUACAACAUGGCUGAGGUGCCAGAGAGUAUGUACAAUGCGUUUGUCACUGACAUUAUGUUUGCUGGCCCAGUUGAAGUACACAAUCUCAACAGAAGACACAUCUCGGGAUGAGGAUUCCGGUUCUGCAAAGAACUCCUACUACUCCACCAAAGAGAUGCAGGACAUGUGCCUGAAGGAAUGGACUGGGAAGACUCAGGAAGUACAGGACUAUUUUGAUCAACUACCGUCAAAAGAAUUUAAAGAGAACUCGGAAGAUCUCAAAUUCAAACUGUACUAUGAACGAAAAGGCCUAGAAGAUGUGGACUCAACACAGAUCUACAAUAUCACACCACAAGUGCGAACUUUCUCUGGCUCUGAACACACAAUAGAGGUCAACGAUAGUUAUGUCCCCAAGUAUAGGCCCACCACUAGUGAGGAAAUAAGGAUAGAGGAGGAAGGAACAUUCAACUCGGAUACCAAACCUGACACUACCUUAGAGCACUUUGAGUCCCAGACAGUUGAUUCCUCUGAAAUUAGAUCUAUCUCUGAGAGCAAGUCUGCUGAUUCCAGUGGCUCCAAACCCAAAGGCAAAAAGGGAAAAAAGGGGAAGGAAAAAUGGCCAAAAAAUAUGGAUCCGAAAGAAGUCCCAAAAAAGAAGGCAAAAGAAGAUCCCGGACAUGUUAAAAGGAAAGAACUUAUCAAGAGUAAAAUUAAUGGAAUCCACCACGGAAGAAUAAAAAUUAAAACUUCAAUCACAGAAAACAAACAGACAAAAGGUGUUUUCUCAGUAAAAAAUCUCAACCAGAAUACACUGAACAGGCAAAAUAAGAAAACUGAUAGAGUAAAUGGUAUUGUUUAUACUAGAGAUCUGAAUUCACAUCAAGAAAAAGUUCAAGUGAUGAGUCCAAACAUGCAUGUAAAAAAUACUCAGGGACGUUUGAUAUCACAAAAUAAAAAUUUACAAAGUAAACUAAUCAUUGAAAAAACAGCUAGUUUACAUGAAAUAGAACAAGUUAAGGGACAAAAAUUGAAAAAGGGUGUAGAAUUGAUAAAUGGACAUAAACAUAAGAAAGAUGGUUCACUAUUUGACCAAUUUAUGGGAAAUUGCCAGCUUAGACAUAAACGUAAACACCACCAUCAGAGAAAUCCUAGAGCUAGACGACGACCUCUUCAAGGUGAUCUACUGCCUAGACCUUUCCUAUAAUUGGUUAUGUGGAAGAGAAGAUUUGAUGGAAGACUCAACCAAACCAACAUUUAAUACAUCUCAAUUUCUUUGGAACUUUUGUAAUAUUCAAUGAAACGCUCAGUCAAUUAAAAUAAUAUUUUUACUUAA